AUGUAUUUCUCAACCAGAGCUCUCGUCACCAUCCUCCUGGCCGCUGUGGCCCGCGAUGUUGCUGCUCAGGCAGCCGUUCAGACCCCAGACGCACCGGCGCCCAGCGCCAUCCCUCCAGAGGUUCUUGCCAGUCAGGCAGCAAGUGCCAGUGCUGCUGCUUCGGCGGCGGCGGCGGCGAACGAGGCGGCAGCAGCAGGAGGAUUGAGGCCACUACCGGGGCUACAGGGCGGUGAGGCAGAGGCGCCAGCAGAACUUAGGCCUUUGCCCAAUCUUGCUGGAGAUGCCGCCGUUGUGACUCCUCCGCCCGUGGCGGUAACAGCUCCCGAAGCUGCGGAACCAGUAGCAACAGUGGCACCGACGUUGCCAGCGGAAGAACCGGCUGUUGAGGCCCCUCCUGCACUAAUCCCACCUCCUGGCCUCGACGCGGAGGCUCCGGCCCCUGAGCUCGUGGUCCCUCCAGGUCUUGCUACACCGGUUGUGGAAACCCCUGUUGUCGAAAGUCCCCCUCCCGAAGUUGCGGCUCCAGCCCCUGAAGAGCCCCCUGCCGUCAUCGAGUCCUUCACCCCUAUCGUGGCCGAGCCCACAGCCGAGGAGACUGCCGCUCUUGCUGAACCGACCGAGGCCGCUGUUGUCCCCCCAGUCGUAGAAGAACCUGCCGCUGCGCCCGUCAUCGGCUCCUUCACUCGUAUCGUCGCUGAACCGACGGUCGAAGCCCCGGUCGAAACCCCGGUCGAAACCCCGGUCGAAGUCCCGGCCGAAACCCCCGCUGCCGAACCUGUCGCUUCCGAAGCCACUGGGCCCGCCGGUGUAGUCGAAACCCCCGCCCCGGUCCCAAUCGGUUCAUUCUCUCAAGUCAUUGUUGGCACUGCCCCUACUUUGGCCGUCCCUCAACCCGUUCCCACCGGCGCUGGCGGCUUCGUUUUCCUCAACAGCACAACUGCUGGUGCCGGAGUUGCCCAGCCCACGGGUGGUCUUCUGCCUCUUCCUGGAGUUGCUGCUCCUUCUGGCGGUCUCCUCCCUAUUCCCGGAGUCGCCCAGCCUUCUGGUGUCGCCGCCCCAUCUGGUGGUUUGGUAACCCCUCCUGGUCUUGGUGGUGCUGGUGGCGAGACUGGAUCUGGAAGUGAUGGUAGCGGCAGCGGCCUCGUCAACCCAGAUGGAAGCACCGGAACUGAGACUCUGGAGACGGAUCCCAACGUCACUGCUGGCCCUGGAUCUGGCGGUACUGGGGCAAAUGAGGUUUUGACCACUCUUACUACCACCAACGCUGAGGGCGUACCUACCACUUUGGUGACUGCUGUGGCUCAAACCACAGGGCCAAACGGUGCUCAGGUUACUGGAACUGGCAACCUCGCCAACAACGGAUCUACUCCCGCCCUGACGGCUGGUGGAGCCCGCUUGGGCGAGGGCAUCAACAUGAAGAUGUCAGUUUUGGGAGGUGUUGUCGGUAUGAUGGUUGUCCUGAUGCUUUAA